AUGGUGACCAACGACAGUGGCACCGGCGGUGAGCUAGGAUUUCCAAGGAAAAAAAUUCAAUCCGCAGGCGACAGACACUGGAAAAUCAUGCACAAGGGGAUGUCAACACUGUGGGGAGCUGGAGUAGUCUAUACCUGGCUCGCAAUCAUCAACAUUGCCGAGGGGUCACCAGCAGCCGUGUCUCGAGACCCAGAUCCCCGAGGGGGCCCAGUGGUUCAGGAAACCCUCCGACAAGUGACAAUUCUGAUGCGACAUGGGGAGAGGGCACCUGUGGAUACAUAUCCUAAGGAUCCACAUAUUAAUGAUUCCAUGGCACCGUAUGGAUGGGGUCAGUUGACCAACAAAGGUAGAGUAAAUGUAUACAACACGGGCCAGUAUCUUCGUCACCGUUACGAUCACUUCCUGGGUGAAUCGUACAGUCCAAAUAAAUUUUGGCUGCAGAGUACAUCGUCAGAUCGUACCAAAAUGACAGCAAUGAUUCUAUCGUCUGCCCUCUGGAAGCCCUCAGAGAAGCAGAUGUUCAAUCCUGAGAUCCCCUGGCAGCCAGUGGUUCUGCACUACUGGACGAGGGCUGAUGACCAGUUGCUGAUCAUCUGGAACGCCUGCCCGAAGCUCACAAUGAAACGUUUACAAGUGGAUAAUCAUCCAGAGGUGCAGAAAUUCAACGAGGAAAAUAAGAAAAUGUUCGAGGAGAUCGAGUCCUUCACUGGGAAGUCAAUAAAAUCCGCUGAAGAUCUUACCGAUCUUUACGGUACAUUGCAUGCCGAGUCACAAAUGGCGAACCUGGUGCUCCCCUCGUGGGUGAAAUACUACUUUCCCGAUAAAAUGCUGCCAUCUGUCAUCAUGUCCUACAGCAUGAACGUCUUCACCGAGGAGUUGACAAAAUUAUCAGGGGGUCCUUUCGUGAAAAAAGCCCUGAGAAAGAUGCAAGAGCGAAGAAAUGGAACAUUGACUCCAGAAGACCGAAAAAUGUUCGCUUAUGUGGCUCAUGACAGUACUGUUGUCAAUGUCCUGAGUGCUCUGAACCUGUGGGACGGAGAGCCGCCGGGAUAUUCGUGCAUGAUCAUCAUGGAGCUGCACGAGGAUAAUGGAGGAUGGAACGUUCAGAUAUUCCAGAGAAACGCACCCGACUACGAGACCCAACCCCUUAAGUUGAACGAUUGUGAUAUUGCCUGUCCACUGGAAAAGUUCGCGAAAAUAGUGGAGAGUGUCCUGCCUGGAGAUUAUUCCGAGGACUGUCGAGUACCUGACCCCAAUUACAAGAUCCCCCCGCCCCCACCAGCUUAAUUACACCAAAGGAACCUCAUACAAAAAUCCACUAACAAAAUUAACUGACCGACAACGAAAAUAAGUGGAACCGUAAAUAAAUUAUUAAUCAGACAGUA